AUGCCCAAAUGCCCACUAUUUAACACCACCUCCGUCCUCAAGGCCCCCAAUAACAACUUGUACUCAAUCCCAAGUAAGUUCCUUUUUCAUUCUAUGCACUCUAACUUUUCAGCUCUUGCAAUUCCAGCAACCAAAGCUAUUGAAACUGAACUCCAGAACCACACACAACACUGUAACACCACUGACCAUGAAAAUGGCAAUGAACCUGACCCCCCAAUAUCUGAUAAGAUAUUCAAGUCUGGCCCCAAAAUGGGUUCUUACAAGUUGGGCGAUUCAACUUUUUAUUCACUCAUUAACAACUAUGCAAAUUUGGGUGAUUUUAAGUCAUUGGAGACGGUUUUGGAUCGAGUGAGGUGCGAAAAGAGAGUGGUUAUUGAGAAAUGUUUCAUUGAUAUCUUUAAGGCUUAUGGGAAGGCUCAUUUACCUGAAAAAGCUGUUGAUUUGUUUGAUAGAAUGGCUUAUGAAUUUGAGUGUAAAAGAACUAUAAAGUCGUUUAAUUCGGUUCUGAAUGUGAUUAUACAAGAGGGUUUGUUUUAUCGUGCUUUAGAGUUUUAUAAUCAUGUUAUUGGUGCCAAAGGUGUCAAUAUAUCCCCUAAUGUACUUACUUUUAAUUUGGUUAUUAAGGCUAUGUGUAAGGUGGGAUUGGUUGAUGAUGCGAUUCAGGUGUUUAGAGACAUGCCAGUUAGGAAAUGUGAGCCUGACGUCUACACUUUUUGUACAUUGAUGGAUGGACUGUGCAGGGCGGAUAGGAUUGAUGAGGCAGUUUUGCUGUUGGAUGAGAUGCAAAUUGAUGGUUGUGUUCCUAGUCCUGUUACAUUCAAUGUGUUAAUCAAUGGUUUGUGUAAGAAGGGUGAUUUAGCACGGGCUGCAAAGCUUGUAGACAAUAUGUUUCUUAAAGGAUGUGUUCCUAAUGAAGUAACUUAUAACACACUCAUUCAUGGUUUGUGUCUGAAAGGUAAGCUGGAAAAGGCAAUUAGUCUUUUGGAUCGGAUGGUAUUGAGUAAAUGUGUGCCUACUGUGGUAACAUAUGGGACAAUUAUUAAUGGACUUGUUAAGCAAGGAAGAGCUCUUGAUGGAGCUCAUGUAUUAGCUUCGAUGGAGGAAAGAGGGUAUUUUGUUAAUGAGUAUGUUUACUCAACACUGAUUAGUGGGUUGUUUAAGGAGGGGAAAUCUCAAGAGGCAAUGCAAUUGUUCAAGGAGAUGACAGUAAAAGGAUGUGAGCUCAAUACUAUUGUAUAUAGUGCUGUUAUUGAUGGUUUAUGCCGAGAUGGAAAGCCAGAUGAAGCAGUGGAAGUUCUUUCUGAGAUGACUAACAAGGGUUGCACGCCUAAUGCUUACACUUAUAGUUCGCUGCUGAAGGGAUUCUUUGAGACGGGUAAUUGCCAUAAAGCCAUUGAAGUGUGGAAAGACAUGGCGAAGCAUAAUUGUACUCAGAAUGAGGUUUGUUACAGUGUACUCAUUCAUGGGUUAUGCAAGGAUGGGAAAGUCAAGGAGGCUAUGAUGACGUGGGCACAGAUGUUGGGCAAGGGAUGUAAGCCUGAUGUUGUGGCUUACAGUUCAAUGAUUAAUGGCCUUUCCAAUGCUGGCUUAGUAGAAGACGCUUUGCAACUUUAUAAUGAGAUGCUUUGGCAGGAACCUGAUUCUCAACCAGAUGUGGUCACGUAUAACAUACUUUUGAAUGCUUUGUGCAAGCAGAAUAGCAUCUCUCGUGCCAUUGAUCUUUUAAAUAGCAUGUUGGAUCGGGAAUGUGAUCCUGACUUGGUUACAUGCACCAUAUUCUUGAGAACGUUGAGAGAGAAGCUGGACCCUCCUCAGGAUGGGAGGGAGUUUCUAGACGAGCUUGUGGUUCGUCUUUUAAAGCGACAGCGUGUUUUAGGUGCUUCUAAAAUUGUAGAAGUGAUGCUGCAAAAGCUUUUGCCACCAAAGCCCUCUACUUGGGCAAGAGUUGUUGAAGAUCUUUGUAAACCUAAGAAGGUUCAAGCAGCCAUUCAGAAUUGUUGGAGCAUCCUAUAUUACUGA